AUGUCCAAGCCCUCCUACUUGCAUUUGGAUGGCGGCACCAGUUAUCCAGCCGCUUAUCUGGCACAAGGAUCACAGACACAAGGCCCGGCUGGUGCGCUAGAGCAAAUAUUCGGAUACAUGCGGUUCAACGGGUUUCGAUAUGGCGUACUAUCUACCUACACCCAGACUUGGUUUAUCAAGAGAGUCAAGGAGCAUGAGGACGACAUCUUAGUCUCACCUACAAUCCAAUUCGAUGGCAGAGAGCCAACAUUACUUUAGUGUUACUUGUGGUUGAUCAGGACGGCAGCCAUGGACGAUGAAUGGUAGCCGGACAGUUUCGAUAGUCCUACGGUUGACAACAUACUCACAGACAAACAGCCUGAAGACAGGGUUGCGAAACGUGAUCACGACUGGGAGCCAGGACCUAGCUGAAGCUUUGAACAAGGAAUGAAGAGAAUUUGUACGCGAAGCAGGUAAGAAACAAAUAGGUUGAUGCAUUCCGGUUGGAAAGGUUUUUUUGAUCAUAGAUGAUUAACCGUCCCAUACUAGGUGGUAAUACAGUGUCAGAGAACAGCCAAGAGCCACGAAACGAGAGCUUACCGAUUUCCCC